AUGUCACUACCGCCAGGAGAUGAUGGCUCCUCCCCUCCUGCAGGCCCUCCUCUACGGCGUGAGCGUGCGCCUACCAUUACAAUAGAUACUUCCGCCGUGAGUGCUGUUGGAGAGCCAUCCCAACUCCAUGGACCUCAAGAUGGAAUACCGCCUCCACCGCGAAUUUCCACCGAAAAUUCAGAUGAAGGCUCCAGACUCCACGACGAAACCACGCCCACUGCUGAGCUGCGCUCUGUCAAUUCUUUUGAGGGAAGGGAUAAGGGAAGCCGCCCAACGUCGCCCCAUAACGUCUCGUCGCCAGCUGCAAAAUGGCCCGAAAGCCAAUCCCAUAACUUCUUAGCUGUUCCUGGGACUCGAUCACGGGGGAACUCUCUAGAUUCGGAAGAGGUAAACAAUUCUCCUGGUUCUAUUUGGAGUGACACAUGUGUUGCGUCUGCACCUUCGGCUCAAGAUCGCCCGUCUCGAGAUGGUGAUCGCGAUGCACAUGAUAUUACGAAAGACCCCAAUGCACUAAAGCCGGAUCCCGGCACGGAGGAUGAUUUUGUAGUCGAAAACAAUAAAUUCGCAUUUAGCCCAGGCCAAUUAAACAAAAUGCUGAAUCCCAAAAGUCUAUCUGCAUUCUACGCUCUAGGUGGACUCGCAGGGCUUGAAAAGGGGUUGCGAUCAAAUUGCCAGACCGGCCUCAGUCUCGACGAAAUGGUUUUGGAGGGGAAGGUCAGCUUUGAGGAGGCAACCAAGCAGGGCGGCAGAAGCCUUGAUACGCAGGAUCUAAAGUUGCGCCCCCGAGUUAUGAGCUUGAAAGUGGACACCGAUGAAAAACAUGCCAAAGAGCGCAGAUACGUCGACCGAAAACUGGUCUUCAGUGACAAUCGACUGCCAGCGAAGAAAGCUAAAUCAUUCUGGGAACUCGCUUGGAUUGCCUACAAUGACAAGGUGUUGAUACUACUCUCUAUCGCAGCCGCGAUAUCUCUCUCACUUGGAAUAUACCAGUCCUUGACAGCGGAAGAGGGCGAACCCAGGAUACAGUGGGUUGAGGGAGUGGCUAUCAUCGUUGCUAUUGUAGUUGUGGUUGCUGUCGGUGCAGCUAACGACUGGCAAAAGGAACGGCAGUUUGUGAGGCUCAAUAAGAAAAAGGAUGACCGGAUGGUCAAGGUUAUGCGAUCUGGAAAAUCCGUGGAAAUAUCUGUUUAUGAUAUUCUUGCUGGGGAUGUGAUGCAUCUUGAGCCUGGCGACAUGGUUCCCGUUGAUGGCGUAUUUAUUGACGGCCAUAAUGUGAAAUGUGAUGAAUCUUCCGCAACCGGUGAAUCCGAUCUUUUGCGGAAAGUCCCCGGGAUGGAAGCAUAUCAAGCAAUUGAGAACCAUGAAAGUCUUUCGAAAAUCGACCCGUUUAUCCUCUCAGGCGCUAAAGUUUCUCAGGGUGUUGGCACCUUCCUUGUCACUUCUACGGGUAUUAAUUCCAGCUAUGGAAAAACCCUGAUGUCGCUCCAAGACGAGGGAGAGACAACUCCUUUACAGACGAAGCUUAACAUUCUUGCUACUUAUAUAGCAAAGCUUGGUCUUGCAGCGGGUCUAUUGCUCUUCGUGGUUUUAUUCAUCAAAUUUUUGGCGAGUUUGAAAAAUAUUCCAGGCGCUACUGCAAAAGGUCAAAAUUUCCUUCAGAUUUUUAUUGUUGCUGUCACUAUCAUUGUCGUUGCAGUCCCAGAGGGAUUACCACUCGCCGUUACACUAGCGCUUUCGUUCGCCACUAACAGAAUGUUGAAGGACAACAACUUGGUGCGUCUAUUAAGGGCUUGCGAGACCAUGGGUAAUGCGACCACUAUUUGCUCGGAUAAAACGGGUACACUCACCCAGAACAAAAUGACUAUUAUCGCUGGCACAAUAGGAACUGCUUCUCGCUUUGGUGAUAGAGCUAGCCAAGACACCUCUGAUCAAAAUAACCUCAGUCAAAAUCCUCCGGAAACGAGCGACGUUUCGCCGACAGAAUGCAUUUCUACGUUAUCAUCCUCAGUCAAGGAUCUUUUGAAACAAUCUAUUGUAUUGAACUCGACCGCAUUCGAGGGUGAUGAAGAUGGAGUUACAACAUUUAUUGGGUCUAAAACUGAAACAGCACUCCUCAACUUUGCUCGAGAUUAUCUUGCCUUGGGAUCUCUUAGCGAAGAAAGAUCCAACGCAACGAUCGUUCAACUUAUUCCGUUUGACUCUGGUAGAAAAUGCAUGGGUGUCGUCAUGAAACUCUCUGAGGGCAAAUUCAGGUUACUUGUUAAGGGCGCUUCCGAGAUUCUCAUUGCAAAAUGCACAAAAAUUGUUCUCGACCCGGCUGGCGAGUUAGCCGAGGCUCCUCUCACGGACAGCAACAGGACUACUCUCAACAAUAUUGUGGAUAGUUAUGCAUCAAGAUCAUUACGCACAAUUGCUCUGGUCUACCGAGAUUAUGAACAGUGGCCCCCUCGCGGCGCUCCCACCCAAGAAUACGAUCGUAGCUUGGCGGUGUUUGAAUCAAUUUUCAAAGAAAUGGUUUUUCUAGGUGUUGUGGGCAUUCAAGAUCCUCUGCGUCCAGGUGUUACAGAUUCCGUCAUUCAAUGUCAAAAAGCUGGAGUGUUCGUCAGGAUGGUUACCGGCGAUAAUUUAACAACUGCUAAAGCUAUAGCCCAAGAGUGUGGCAUAUUUACGGCCGGCGGAAUUGCAAUGGAAGGCCCCGUAUUCCGGACCCUUCGUUCCCAGCAAAUGAGCCAGGUCAUACCAAGAUUGCAGGUCCUCGCGCGAUCCAGCCCAGAAGAUAAAAAGAAAUUGGUUUCUCAGUUGAAAAGGCUGGGCGAGACCGUAGCUGUCACUGGCGAUGGUACUAACGAUGCUCCAGCGCUGAAAGCAGCCGAUUUUCAAAUCACGGUCAACAUCACAGCCGUUCUUGUCACCUUUGUCUCCGCCGUAGCCGAUGACGAUGAGGAAUCGGUUCUUACAGCUGUUCAGCUGCUAUGGGUCAAUCUCAUCAUGGACUCAUUCGCUGCGCUGGCUCUAGCAACCGAUCCCCCAACCGAUACCAUUCUUGACCGGAAACCGGAACCCAAAUCCGCUCCAUUAAUCACGAUAACCAUGUGGAAAAUGAUAAUAGGACAGUCGAUCUAUCAGCUUGUCGUUAUAUUCAUUCUCAAUUUCGCAGGGGAAAAUAUUCUUAAUUACCACUUUACCGGAAGGAAUGUCGAGAAAGAAAUGGGUCGCUUCAAAGCCCUUAUUUUCAACACCUUCGUUUUUAUGCAGAUAUUCAACCAAUACAAUUCGCGACGUAUUGAUAAUGGUUUCAAUAUAUUUGAAGGAAUACUUCACAAUGCAUGGUUCAUCGCCAUUCAGUUUGUUAUCGUCGCUGGUCAGGUCCUUAUCAUCUUCGUUGGUGGCGAAGCAUUCCAUACAAAGCCCCUGAAUGGUGUCGAAUGGGCCGUCUCUAUCAUCCUAGGCCUCUUGUCGAUGCCCAUGGCUGUUGUUAUUCGACUGAUACCGGACGAGUUCAUCCAGAAAUUAAUCCCUCAGAGAUGGGCUCGCAAGAAGACAAGUCCACAAGUUGUCGUCUCAGACGAGGAUCGCUUCGAGUGGAACCCUGCUCUACAGGAAAUCAAAGAUCAGCUGGCAUUCCUCAAAACCGUCCGUGGAGGACGACUUAAUCACUUAAAGCACAAGCUAAGGCAUCCGGAACACUUGAUCCCAAGGUCCAGGAGUGGUUCAAGGUCGCGGGAUAGCUCUAUGCCACAGACACCGGUCGACGGAGCCCAAGACGCGUUUCCAUCGCUGGCCACGGGGACUCCGGAAUCACGCUCUCGCAGCAGCCGGUCGCGAUCCAACUCAAAUCUGAGGCCAGCAGCGGUGAUGGCAGGUGUAGUUGCCGGUAGUAUCGGAGGUUGGUCGCCUGUGGGACGAAGUCCAGGAGAGGCUGACGCUUUCAAGCUUUCGCCCUCCAGUCGACAUUCGGGUCUCGGGCAGCAUCAGGGAGUUGAAGUCCAUCCCGAUACAAGAGAAGAUGACCCGGUAAUCAGCGACUACCCAUAUUCCACUCGUGUUCCUCCAAGUCAAAAUCCAGACUUGGCACCUGAUUUCCCCCAUAGCCCUUCCCAUUCGGGCCCGCCGAGUCGCGGUCGACGAUCUACUUCGAGACAAUCAAGGCAGUCACCCAAUAAUAAUAACGCUCCCCCAAGCCCAGCUGCUCCGCAGUCCUAA